AUGCCAUCAAUUCCAGACCUCCCACACCUCCCCCAAAACCUCAUCCUCGUCAUCGCCGAAAAACUCAACUUCAAAGACACAAACACCCUAGCACGGACAUGCAGCGCCCUAUACGCCCUCCUAAACCGCUACCUCUACCACCGCAGCACCAAGAUCCCAGGCCAAAGGUCCGCAGUCCUCUGGUGGGCGUGCAAACACAUCCAACCAAAAACCGCACGCCAUGCUCUCCGCGCCGGGGCCGACAUCAACGCCUUCGACACGUCCUACUCGCCCUCUUGUGCCCCGCUGAAUAGAGCGCUGGAGUGGAUCACACCGGUCUCGAAAGACCUGCUAAAGCGUGUCUCUCUAAAAUCCAUACCCGAGGAAGAAAAGAAACGAGUCAUGGAUGACCUCAAAGUCAGAUGGCACAUGCUCCUGGCGGUCCUGAUGAACCACGGCGCGAACCUUAACACCAGAGGAACGGACGGGUUAAGGCCCCUGCAUAAAGCGGUUUCAGUACCAAACGGGAUAAAUAUUAUCAAGGGCUUGAUAUCCCGUGGUGCUACUGUCAAUGACCCCGGCGACUUCGCUACCCCAUUGCAUGCGGCUGCGUGGGCAGGGAAGAUCGAGAUAAUCGAGCUGUUGAUCAAAGAGGGAUCCAACCUCAAAGCGCGCACGAAGCACACUGGCGAGACUGCAUUACAUUCGGCUGCGAGGGCGGGGAGGAUCGAAGCGAUGAAGGUGCUUCUUGAGCUUGGGGCUGAGGUUGAUGCGGGGGAUUUUGGGAAGAGUACGCCUUUGGACUAUGCCCUCAAAUAUGGGGCUGGGUUGGCGAAACGGCCGAUUAUUGGGUUUUUGACUGGGAAGGGAGCUGAUGUUCUGGCGGCGAACAUCUCGGCUUUGAAGAAGGUUCUGUUGGAUGAGUAUUUCAUGGAGGCUGUUGAGUGUUGGACUAGCUGUGGGACUGAAAUCUCGGUUGAAGAGGAUAGGAUUUUGAUAGACUUGGAACAGUGGUGUGAGAGGCCACACACGAUCAAGUGUGUUAUGGCCAAGGCACGCAGUGCGGAUUCUGGUGAUAGUAAUGAUGAAGUAAUGCUUAAUGUUUGA